AUGAGCAAAACGGAAGCUGCACCUGUCCCUGCGCAGAGCAUAGAUUAUAAUCAAGGCAUGCAUAACUUUAAUAGCGGAUGGAGAGGUCAGCAACAAAGGAAUUUUCAGCCUGCUCAACAAUUUCAGAAUACUCCACAGUUUGAAAAGCAGAAACAGUCUUUAGAGGAGACGAUGCAAUCAUUUAUGGAGAUGAGCAAGCAAAAUAUGGAGUCUCAGGCAGCCACCAUCAACCGACUUGAGACCACCGUGGGGAAACUGUCGGGCACUCUGAACCAGCUACAGCAGCAGCAGAACCAGCUACAUCAGGCUCUGGCCAUUACUGCUCUGCCAGAGAUGAGAACACCGCCAGCGCUGUCCAGGAUGCCAGAGCUGAUGAGAGCGCCAGAGCUGACUAUGCUACCAGAGCAGAUGAGGAUGCCAGCCCUGGCAAGUCCAGCCCUGCCGAGUCCAACUCUGCAGAAUCCAGCCAUGCAAAAUCCAGCCCUGCAGACUCCAGCUCUGCAGAAUCCAGCUAUGCAAAAUCCAGCACUGCAGAAUUCAGCUAUGCAGAGUCUAGCCCUGCAGCAUCCAGCCUUGCAGAAUUCAGCCAUGCCACAUCCAACCAUGCCAAAUCCAGUUCUGCAAAAUUCUGGCAUAAGAAGAGCACCAGAGCUAAGAAGGACUCCAGAGCUGAGAAGAGCGCCAGAGCUAAGAAGGGCGCCAGAGCUGAAACUUCACAAGUCCACUAUACCAUAUCGGCCACCGAAAGCUAUCCUACGCCCUAGCCCGCCUCUGCCACCAAAGAUUGUAGAUCCAACCAAACCACUACCGAAGCAAGGAGAUCCAGGAAGUUUCGUUAUUGCUAUUGGUUUGGAAAGAGCUGGAGAGUUCUCGGGUAUGUUAGACUUGGGUGCGGCAGUCAAUUUGAUGCCGUUUGCUAUAUUUUAG